AUGUUGACAGGCUGCACCAGAGGGCAGGAGCCAGCAAGGUGCUGGAACUGCAUGGGACAACGCACAGUUAUCUGCACAAGCUGUGGGGUUGUCAUCAGCCGGUUUGAUCUGCAAGAAGAAUUCAGCCGACUGAACCCCAGAGCACAGGAUAUUGUCAAAAAUGGGACACCCGAACAGCGGGCCCAACUGCGAAGAAAAUUGAGAGAGACUUAUGAACCUGAGCCAGAUGAGGAAUUCCUCCAGGUACGUCCAGACGGCGAUGUCGAGGUGAUUGGAUCAGGUGAAGGAUUUGUGGUACCCAGCUGCAAAGGCUGCGGUGGAGUUUUAAAGCCGGAUGUGGUCUUCUUUGGGGACAACGUGCCUAAGCAGAGGGCACAGAGGGCACUGUCGCUGGUCGAAAGCGGCGACGGCCUGCUAGUGGUGGGGUCCUCAGUGAUGGUGUAUUCCGCCUUUCGACUGGUAAAGGCGGCCAAGGCGCAGGGUGCUACCAUUGGCAUCGUCAACGUUGGUUUGACAAGGGCAGACGACAUUGCAGACGUCAAGGUGGAGAGGAUCGCUGGGGAGGUCCUUGCGCGCCUCGCUGCCCAUCCGGCACUCCUCACGUCGCGACCAGUGGCCUGGUGA